AUCAGGGGAAUUAAUACAGGAUCUAGGAAAAGACGGCAUCUGAUUGCUUUAGUGUUUACUGAAGGUUUAUCGAUUCGAUCAUUGUUCCCAACGUUUGUGAGUUUGUUCGUGCAAUUCACCUCCUCAACGAUGAAUGUUAUUACCGGAUCGUCAUUUGUGGGGUGGGCAUUGUCUGGCCAAUGAUAUUACAGAAUCAUGCAACGUUCAAAUUUCACUCCCUCCGAAACAAGCCCUUCCUCAUCUCAUGCAUUAUUCAAGGGUUCUUGAUAUUGGUCUUUUAACAGAACAUCUUGAACUUCUCUUUAAUUGGUGCUUCAACUUUGAUUCCAGCCUCAUGAAAUUUGGCUUUUGUCAGUUGAAUCGGUACAUUAGCCGCGAAAUAAUCGACGUUUGAAACCACGCGUCUUCUCACCUUCACUCAUUGCAGAGCGUUUUUAGAACAAAAACAGUUAUCACUUACCAUAUGGAUUGGUAAUGCUGUAGCAGCAUGCGAAGAUGCCUCCAUUUCCAAGCCCUUCAUCACGCCAGUCGUAAUCGACUCGCCAAUCCUCUCCAUAGACCAUGGCAGCGACUCUAUAGCAUCCGGAGCCAUGACCGUGUUCAAGUCCGAUGUGGUUCAGCUGGCCAUGUGAGCAUUGAGUAAGCCAUCAUCUCAUACUCACAAACCCAUUACUAAUGCUUCAUAAUAGCCUCAUCAACAUUACCGAGCAGCCAGACUCUCCACUCUUCAUUCAACUCCCAGCUUCACCCGUGGAUGGUAAUCAACCUCCUCAUAUCCCUGGAUUUCUCCAAGGGAAGCCACUUGCCAGCAUCAACUAUCGUUGGAACUCCUUUGACGAUGAGUCGAGCGAAACUAUUCCAGUCGACGAUGUCUGGCCAACGCCAAUCCACGAUACCUUCUUCGCCUAUCAGUGGAUAGUCGAAAAUCUGGCUCCCGAAGGUCUCAAGAGGCGUGGUAUCUAUGUCUAUGGCUCUCACCUAGGUGCAAGUCUUGCCUCAUCUCUGGCACUCUCAGAAUCACGACCGCACAAACCAUUUGCGGUCCGGGGUCUGGUGGCAUAUAACGGAAUCUACAAUUGGACCAUGUUUUUCCCGGACCACCCAGCAAAUCGACCCGGAAAGCAUGCAAACAACAGAACCAACUACUUCAAGCCUCGAGAGGGAACAUACGUGCAUUACCUUCAGCAGAACCUACCGAUAUUCUUCCAGUCAACGGUCGACAUGUUCGAUGUCUUCGCCAGCCCAAGCCUCUUCUUCCACAACCCAGGAAUAAAAGUUCCCUCAUCUUACCACAUGUCGGAAGAAGAGUCUGCAGCCAUCGAAGUCCUGACCAACCCGAAUGCUGAGUUCGAUAUGAAAGAAAAGACACCACGUAUGUCAAGGCUGGUGUUUCCGCCCCGCAAAUCGACGCUCAAGAUUCCCGAGACACUUCUGCUGUACGACACACACCCUGUGCCGACAGCGACGAACAGACCGGGUCGGCCAUUUAGUGGGAAACAGUGGGGAAACAGCUUAGAGCUGCAAGCGCGCGAACUGGGUGAGAUGAUGCAGCGAAGUAUCCAGAUGGUCGAGAUGAAGGAGAGAGGACUCUGGGAUGCGGAUGUUUCGAUGUGGGAGAAUGAGCCACGGCGAAGGGUAAAGAUGGAACAUGCUGGGGAAGAGUCGGAGGAUAUGGUGAUGGAUGAAAAGGGAGAGAAGGUCGUAGAAGAGUGGUUAACAGAGAGAUUAUCACCAUAGAAUCGAUCUCAUGAUCAUGUAGCAAUAGCCAUGCACAGUACAUGCAGCAAUAGUUCGAAUGUUGAUAAAGGGUUGACCUAUUUUGGGGUAGCACAGCGCUAAAGCAGCGACGGAGCAUUGAGAAAGCUUGUCUGGUGGG